AUGUUUUUGUUGAAUCCUUUCUCCAAAACUCAGAUUGAACUACCCUCAUUAUUGUUGAGUGAAGAAGAAUAUGGUACAUUUAAAGAUGUCGCCGAAGAUACGAAUCGGCCUACACAUGAGGUAUUACUGGAUAGGCUUGUCCUUAAAGCUGCUUUAUUAGCUGAUCCUGAAAAGUGCUCAGACUAUGUCAUAAUGGUCACUAGCCACAGUGUUUCCGAGCUUAAAUUCUGGAGAUCUAGUGAUCCAUCUUGGAGUCGCAUAGAGAAUCCCGACCGUAUGUUUUUUGAUGUUAUAUGGUAUAAAGGAGCAUUUCAUGCUUUGUCAUUAUUCAAUGAAGUGUUUGAGAUUUGCCUCAGUCCAAAUUUGAAAUUAAAACAAAUUGCUUGUGCAUGGGGUCUUGAAGGUUUCUGCAGAUAUUUAGUUGAUUGCAUGGGUGAUUUGUUGAUUGUCAACAGAAUAACAGACGAAACAUACACUAUGCAUCUUUACACAAGGGCUUUUUUGGUUUUCAAGUUGGAUGAGAAAGUUAUGGAGUUCAUCAAAGUGAAAAGCAUUAGAGACCAUGCUUUGUUUUUAGGUAGAAAUUCGACAAUUGCUAUUCCAGCGAAUGAGUUUCCCGGAUGUUUGAGUAAUAGUAUUUAUUUUAUGGAUGAUUUAGCUGUUACUAGUCAUGAAUAUGGGUACGAAGAUUUUGGGCUCUACAACAUGAGAGAUAAGAUAUUCGAGAUAUUCCCUCCAAAGGAUGUCUAUACUACAUCUAAAUUUCAACCAUUGUGGUUGGAAGCUUGUCCAUGA